GAGACAUCAGAACAGCUGGAACGUAUUCAAGAACAGCCCGAUGCAGACACAAUCAAUGCAAACUGGCAUAAUAGAUAAGGAAAGCAUACAGCAGAGGAGAUCAACUGUUCUGGCAGGCGUGCCACCGAUUAGCCCUUCAACCCUCCCUAAAUGCCAUUCAUCCUCUCCCCCAUCUGAUCUGCUGCUCUGCUUUCUGCCCCAUCUACCCCUGUGCUGCCUGUCCUCUCCCCAAUUGUCUGCACCAAGGCUACCUGUGUCCCUUCUGGCUCAAGUGCCACAAGUUGGGCACCCCUGGCCUCUAGGAUGGUCCAGCCAAACCUCAUUUAAUAGGGAUGUUGUAUCCUGGCCUCCAGGAUGGUCCAGGCCAACCUCAGGGGUGAAUCCUGGGGUAGAAGCUGAUCGCAUCCUCUCUCUCCCUCUCGUGGAGCUCUCUGAGGAACUCAGGAACGGGUCUCUUCCUCCAGAACAUGUCCUUUACACCUACCUGGACAAGGCCUUUCAAGUGAACAAGGACAUCAACUGUCUGACUGACUUUCUCCAGGAGUGCGAGUCUCAGCUUCAGGAAGUGAAGAAGCAGGAGAAGAAGGGCUUGUUGUACGGGAUCCCGGUCAGCGUGAAGGAUUCCAUUGAGUGCAAGGGACAUGAUUCCACAAUGGGGUUUCUGAAGAACCUCAAUCGUCCUGCUGCCGAGGACAGCGUGGUGGUCCAGGUCUUGAAGAGACAGGGCGCCAUUCCCUUUGCGAAGAGCAACGUACCUCAGGGCUUGCUGAGCUAUGACUGCAGUAACGUCAUCUUUGGGCCUACAGCGAACCCUCUGAACCACACCAGAUCGCCUGGUGGUUCCAGCGGUGGAGAAGGGGCCCUGAUCGGGAGUGGAGGAUCCAUCCUGGGCAUUGGGACUGAUAUAGGAGGGAGUCUUCGAGUCCCAGCUGCUUUUUGUGGGAUCUGUGCAUUUAAACCCACUGGGUCCAGACUCAGCCAGAAAGGAAUGGUUGCCAUUCUUCGGGGGCAAAAAUCAGCAAUACCAGCAAUCGGGCCCAUGGCACGGGAUGUGGACAGCCUGGCUCUGUUCAUGAGGGCACUCCUGUGUGAUGACUUAUUCCGCCUAGAUUCUUCUGUGCCUCCAAUGCCCUUCAAGGAGGAGGUGUAUGCCAGUUCAAGGCCUCUCCGCAUAGGGUAUUACGAUACAGAUAGUUUAACAUUGGCCACUCCUUCCAUGAGACGUGCAGUUCUGGAGACCAAGAAGCUUCUAGAGGACGCCGGCCAUACGCUGGUGCCUUUCAAACCCCACUUCUCAGAGGACUUUUUCUUUAAUGUUUGCCUAACGGGAUUGUUUGCAGAUGGAAGUUCCACAUAUGUGGACAACUUCAAAGGGGAGUUGAAGGAACCUUAUGCCAGACAGUUUCUCCUGAUGACCAAGAUGCCUGAUUGGUUUAAAAAAUUCAUAUCCUGGAUCACCGGACCAAUAAUACCUCGGUUAUCAAAAAUAUUGGGAAACCUGGUGACCAGGUCUGUGAAGGAAGUCUGGGCACUUCAUAGUGAGAUUGAGGAGUAUAAGAGAGAAUUCAUGGCUGACUGGAGGAAGCUGGAUCUGGAUGUGAUGCUGUGUCCCAUGUUUGGCCCUGCUUUUAAGGCUGGAUAUCCUUCAAAACUCUCAGUGCUUGUGAGCUAUACUAUUCUGCAUAACUUCUUGGACUUCCCUGCCGGGGUCGUGCCCGUCACUACAGUGACUGAAGAGGAUGAGGAAGCACUGAAGAGCUACAAGGGAUACCAUCACGACUGGUAUGACAAGCUGCUUGUGAAGGCUACUUGUGGAGCUGUGGGGCUGCCCUUGGCAGUUCAGUGUGUGGCUUUGCCAUGGGAAGAGGAGCUCUGCCUUCGGUUCAUGAAGGAGGUGGAGAGACUGACCCAACGAAAGCAAAAGCAUCUGUGAACAACGUGCACACCGCAGCGCACAGGAUGAAGAAGGCCACCCUCCUCCUCAGUGCAUCCAUCUGUUUCAACCCGUAGGGGCACAAUGUCUGUCUGGUUAAAUAACUCAAGGAUUGCUUUUGGUUGGUGAGGUAGCGUUUGUCUAUCUGCUCUGUUCCCUGGGUGCUCUCCAGGGACACGCGCUCUGCUAAUAUACUAAUACACACUUG